AUGACAAAAUUGGUGAAGAUAUGUGGCAUUAGGACGAAAGAAGCAGCUUCUGUAGCUAUAGAAUCUGGGUCCGACCUUCUUGGUAUAAUAUUAGUGCCAAAUAAAAAAAGAACAAUAGAAUACACCGUAGCGAAAGAGAUUUCUGAGUUAGUAAGAUCACAUAGGAAAAUGUCAGUCAAAGAUAUACUAAGCUCGGUCAAAAAGAGAGAUAUUAAAGAUUCCAAUACCUUCUUUUCUAGUGUAUCAGAAUUGGUGAAGGAGAAUGGUCCAUAUCUUGUCGGAGUAUUCAGAAACCAGCCCGUAAGCGAGGUUUUCAAGAUAGCUACAGAGCUCAGGCUUGACUUCAUACAAUUGCAUGGUGAUGAAGAUAAGGGAGAAUUUUUGGAAUAUAACAAAGAACUCAAUUUUGGCAUUAUACCACGCUAUGUUGUCCCUAGAGAUGUCGAUGUGAUGAGGCGACUGUUUAGCACUUUAAUUAACUCAAAUGGAUUUGCAUUUCCUUUAUUAGACUCAGAAGGAGGUGGCGAUGGAAAAGUAAUCGACUGGGGUAUUUUAAGUGACUUGAGUUUUGGUAAAUUUAUAUUAGCUGGGGGGUUGGCACCUUCGAAUUUGAAAGAAACGGCAAAUUUAGAAAAUUUGAUAGGCUACGAUGUUAGUUCUGGGACAGAGGAUAUACAAGGCAAUAAAGAUCCACAAAAAAUACGUGAUUUUAUUAAGAUUGGAAAAACUAUAUAA